UUUUGCUACAACUUCUUUGUCUUAUUUCUGAAACUAUAGCUACUAAAUAUUAGUAUAUUUAAGUAAUUAUACAGCUAGUAUUUGCCAGUAAAUGAGAGGGCCAAAUAGAUAAGUAGAGAGACAGGCUAUGUGAGAGAGAAAGAAGGGGAGAUUAGGGGACACCACACACGUUCUGUGAAGGAGAAAAAGGAGAGAAAAAGAGAGAAGGGGAAUCUUCAAUCAUGCCAUCAGGUUCAAAGAAGAGAAAGGCUGCCAAGAAAAAGAAGGAACAAGCUGCCAACAACAUCAAUUCAUCACCUAAAAACAUCCCACAUGGAAAUGAGGAUCCAAGAAGCCAAGAUGAAAGGGAAAGUGAUGACGGUGAUGUUGGUUCCCCUGCAUCUCAGGGUGACCACAAUCACCAGCAUCCAUUCAAUCAGAGGGAAGUAGGGAAAAGGCAGCAUUCACCUAUUCAAUCACAUGCAGCCGAGGAGAAGUCUGCGGAAUGGGCCAUUGGGGACGCGGAAAACACGGUGAUAUCAGGAUCGGAUGAUGUUGUUGCUGUUAAAAUUGAAAGGGAGUCGGGUCCUAAGGAGAAUUUUGAGAGCACACUUGUCACCAUUCAGCACAUCGAGCAUGAUAAGAGCUCUAGUAGCAGUAGUAGCAGUUCUGAUGAUGAAUCUCAAGCCUCUGAGAAGAAGUCAAAAGAUGAAGCCUAUAAUUUUGGUUCUGAAGUGACUGCAUAUGGCAAUGACGAUAAGCCUAUUAAUAUUAUGUCUGAAGAAUUCCUGAAGAUUGUUGAAAAUGAAGCAGCCAGAAAUGUUGACAGUAAUUCUGCUGCGGGAACUGCCGAUGUUGACAAUUUGGUAAAAACUGCCGUAUCUGUGCAAGAGGAAUUGGAUCACGCUACAGAAGUUUCUGCAAACAAAUCAGUGCCUGAUGUUGAGCCAGGGUUGAAGAGAAUUGAAGAGAAGUUAUUGCCCUCCUCAAAUGGAGUCUCUAGGUUUGAAUUGCGAGAAAAUGAAGGAAAAUUUUCCUCAUCCUCCGUUACUUCUGCUGAAAGUAGUACUGUGGUGGACAAAACUCAACAUUCUGAAUCUCAUGACCAUUCCGAAAAGCAGCCUGUUGUUGCUUCGACUCCACCCAUGGUGCAAAGAACCUCAGUGUUAAGUUGCUGUGGAUUGUUUGAUGUUUUCACAGGUUCUGGAAGAUAAUUGCAGUGCAGAACCAUAUGUCCAUGGGGGUUUGGUAGACAAGCAGUUCAUCAAAGUCGCAUGGUUUUGGUUUCUAUACAUCUAUUUCAUUUCAACGCUCAAUGAUAUCUUAAAACAGAAAUGUGCAGCAGACCUAGCUAGAGAAACAGUUGUCCGUUUUGUGGUACUGAUACUGUGGAUGCAGAUAGUCGCUAGUUCGUUCCUUGCUUUGAGUAUAUUCUUUUUUGGCACUUUUGCAGCCUAGUUUCUUAGCUAGAUUUGUGUUGUAUCUAGUUCUUCUUUCCAGGUUGCAUGUACUAGUUUCCUCAAGUAUACCAGGGUUUUUUAGUGUAAUCUAAACAUAGUUGCUAUGUCGGUGUCGGUAUCGUGAAUUUUUAAUCUGUUUCAGCAAAUUUAUAGUUGUGUUUCUUUGCCAAAACAUAUAAUAGGUUUCAAAUUACUGCUUUAUAAUCAUGGAUUGUACAUGAUUGAAGAUUUGUUUCCUGAGUUUUGCAUUCAUGAACUAAU